AGUCAGUCGCCUGCACCCCAGCAUCUUCAUCCGACUCGGACCAGAAAGUCUGAAGCUCUACCGUCGCAACCCGUCGGUUACGGAAAGAAACACAGACCCUGUGAACCUAAGCAUUGCUCUUUCUGCCCAGCAAAUCCGAUGCGAUUCUCUCGGUACCAAACUCCAAGUCCGAAGAUCAGCAGUGCAGGGCAAGCAACCGAUACCAAGAAUAAGAGAAAGCAGUGGGCCCGGAAUUGUACGCGGAUCGACGUACUUGCUUUCAUAUCGUAUCAUCUCGGGUUGCCAUUAUAAGAAUUCCCAGCAACAGAGACACAGACCAGCGCCCGUUUGGACUUCGAACCCUGUCGAAGAUGAGUGCACCCCUCACUGCCUCUCAACCAGAUGCCAGCCAUCAACCCCAGGUAGCUAUUGCCAAGGAGGCAAAGCACUACGUCGAUCACCGGCCUCCCUACCCAGAGUCUAUGUGGAAACUCUGGACAAACUACCACGCGGGCCCUCUGAACGUUGUCCAUGACAUCGGCUCGGGCAGUGGCAACGCCGCCGAAGGCCUCUUGACGCACACGCCAUCGCCUCUCAAGCAUGUUGUCUUGACCGAACCGCAAGCCAAGAACAUCGAUGACUGCCGCACACGCUUCAGGGACCGGUUCCUUGGGACCGAGUUCUCGUACCGGAACUCUCGCGGGGAAGACCCUUGGGAGGCCCCGGUCGGUGUAGACCACGUCGACUUCGUAAUGGCAUGCGAGUCACUGCACUGGACUAUCCUGGAGCCCACGCUUGACAACGUCGCCAGUAGUCUGCGGGGAAACGGGACCUUUGCGGCCGUCAUUUACGGCCCUUUUCCGGGGAUCACCAACAACACGAGCGCAAAUGCGGCCUUCAAGGCUUUCAUUGGUGAGCAUGCCGCUCAUCUUCUCAAGCAAGAGUGGAUGACCGAGAAUUGGAAGCGCGCCGCUCGUCAAAUGUUUCAUGGCAUGGACUGUGUACCGCUCAGAGACGAAGUUUGGAAGGACGUCAAGCGCAUUGAGAUCAACUGUGAGGAUGGAUGGUAUGCCAAAGACUAUCAGCCCCUUGACGGAACCGCAGAUCCGGUGGGGCAUCUGGGAGUGUCAGAGCGUGUUGCCAUAAAUGACAGUAAAGACUGGAGGAUCUCAGCCUCGAUUGAGUGGCUGAAGCAAUCGCUUGAGUCCAUGCGGUUCGGGUUUACUGAGGAGUCAUGGCAGUCGCCCGAGUGGAAAGAGAUUGGGAGUGAGAUUGGCAAUGGGCCGUUGGAACUCAAAUGGCAGGUUCACAUGAUACUUGCCCGGAAAAGGUCAUGAGGCUUGAGUAAGUAGACCCAAAUUAGUAAAGUACUUUAGUCAGGCAAACAACUCAGCAUAGUGUUGAAUGACAGGAGUUCCUGGAAUCGGCCUCGGACGUUAUUAGCCAGCGGCGUGUUGACGGAAUAGAGGCAUAGAUUGCGAGAUUCACUUGAGUAAAAUAAAGUCGGUCCAACUGCGCGUAUUGA